AUGGGUAUUAGUGGAUGCAUUGCGGCUAGUUACCUGAUGUGGAAUAUAAGGUGUUCUUGUUUAAUAAACAACACUUGUGUACAUCAAGCUGGCAUCUACAAUUGGACAGGACGUCGAGGCGUACACAGUGGGACUAUUUUUGGAGAUUUGACUUUUGAUCCGCCAUUAUUAUUAACAAUACCUGGUCUUAUGGUUGGAUGUUUACCAUACAAUUCAUUAUUUAGAUCAACACUAGAAUGUUUCUAUAAUCAAUCAUGUAUUGAUCAGAUUCAAAUAUUUAUUAAUGGAUUAUCAUUAGUUACACCACUUUCAUUAUCUUGUUUCAAACAAAAUACAACAGUGAGUGAUCUAUUUGAUAACUUAUUUAUUGAAUCAUGGAAUGAAAAGAUUAAUUUUACUGGUUAUUUUCAAGUAUGUUCUCCACAUUCAUGUACAUAUUCUUAUGAUCGACGGUUCAAUCUACUUUAUGUAAUUGUUACUAUUAUUAGUCUUUUUGGUGGUCUAAAGACAAUUUUAUAUUUCUCAACACCUUUAAUAAUCAUGUUCAUACGACGAAUUCAGAAAAGUAAAAAUUUUCAAAAUACAACUGAUCAAACACUAACAGAAAAUCCAAUGUGUAUAAAGCAAAGAAUACUUUUUUUAGUUUUCUAUUCAUCAAUUGCUGCUCGAAUUCGAAUUAAUAAUGUGUAUCAACCGUCAUUGAAUGAAUAUGAAAGAUUAUAUACACAAUAUUCAUCAACACUCGUAUGCCCAUGUACUCAUCUUUCUGUAUCUUAUUCAUCUAUUAUGUAUAUAAAGCCUUAUUAUCAUCAAGUGUGUUCAAGUGAUUUCAUCAAAGAUAAUGCGUGGUUGCUCUACUUUCGUGGAUUACCUGAUAAUCUUCACGCUUUAGAUUUUCGUGUUAGAGGUUCUAGAAUAUUCACUACACUUCAAACAUUAUGUAAGAUGUCAAAUGAUACUGUAACAAAUGAACUUGUUGUUUUCAAUAAUUUACAAUUUGUCAGUAGUCAAGUAUUGACAAAGAAUACAUUUAAUACAGAAACAUCUGCACUUAUUCAACAAUUUCAACAGCAGACUCUGGCAUCUUUUCUCGACCUAUUUGAAUUGGUUCGAACUUCAAUUCAGCUCAAUCAGUUUAUUGUUUAUGGUGGGGCUAAUGCUCAAAUAGUUCAAAUAUUGAACGAUAAUAACAACUCAAUGCGUUUUGUAUCAAACAAUGAUUGGAACAACCAGUGCUCAUGUGGUACUAAUGUUUCUUGUACACGUUCCGAAGGAUUCUAUCUUAGCGUAGCAUCUCCUGUUUCAUAUACAGGUACAUCGGAGGAAACGAUACCGGGUUUGCUUGUAGGUUGUGUACUCGUUGAUUCUCUUCUUGCAUCUUCGCUUGAAUGUUUUUAUAAUGCAUUAUGUAUUCAAAGGCUUAUUAAAUUGCGUUCAUAUGAUUUAUAUCUUGGCACAGUAGAUUCUCGUGUGGCCAAUGUUGUUCCACUUGAUCCAACGGUUGAUAGUCGUUUUUCUCCUGAUACUACAUUGGAUCAAAUUGUUUCGCAAUUAUUUAUUGAAGGUUGGACAAAUUCUACUAAUUUUAGUUUCUAUUAUCGUCAAUGUGCACCAUAUCAAUGUAUUCGUCAUAAAAUUGCAAUGUUUUUCACUCGAUUUCAACAUUCUAUUCGAGCAAUGAAUUUAUAUCAUAAAGUACGGAAACCUUGUUUACCAGAAAAAUCACAAACAACAAAUGAUAUAUUAAUUAUACAACGUCAACAAAUAGCUACUCGUUUUUAUAUUAUUGUUUUUGUCUUAGCACUUAUAGUUAUAAUAACUUUUACUGGAUUAAAUUCACAGAUACAUUCUGUGAAGGUAACAUCUCCAACGGAAUUAAUAUUUGAACAAUUACAAACUCAAUAUUCAUCAUCAUUAUCAUGUCCAUGUUCACGAAUAGCAAUUCAAUAUUCAAAAUUUCUUUCUGUUAAACCAAUUGCUUAUCAUCAAGUGUGUUCAAGUUAUUUUAUUUCAUCUAAUUUUAUUGAAUUACUAUGGGGAACUGAAUCCUAUGAAAGUUAUUAUUGGAAUGUAGACAUGAAAAUAUUAAGUACACAGUUUCGACUUUUAGCAUCAUUUUGUUCUCUUGUAAAAAAUCUAAUUGAACAAAAGAUUGAAAUAUUCUCUUCACAAAAGUUCAUUAGUGUUGAAGCAUUAACACGUCAUUCAUUUCAAACUCAAAUCGAUUCUAUUAUUGAUCAUUUUAUUGUUCAGGCACCAACUAGUUUUCGACAAAUACAUAAAUAUAUCAUAGAAAUGAUUCAUGCUAAUCAAUUACAUAAUAUAUUCUACACAAAUUGGAAUCUUACUAUAUCUAAUCCUAAUGAUAAUUAUAUUAUGUCAACAAGUCCAAUAUCAUAUAAUGAUAGUAAUAGUUCAUGUUCAUGUGCAACUAUGUCAACAUGUUCAAGAUCUCUUUUGACUAAUAAUAACAAGACAGAAAUAUUGUCAGGUAAAAUGUUUAUUUACAAUAGUGAUUAAUUCUCGUUCGUAGGUUGUAGUUUCUUUUAUAGACUGAUUAAUUAUUCGAUAGAAUACGUUUGCUAACUAUAUAUAUAUGUAUUCUAGAGUGCUGUCAGUCAGUCUCGAAUCCUGUAAAAUCUCGUUUGUCUUUCUCACGAAACGACCUGGAUUGCAUCGAAUUUUCUAAUCCUUAUAUCAAAAAUCUAUCGUGCAUUUUAAUUUUUUGAUUUCUAACAAAUAUCUUGAUAUAUAAAUAAAUAACAGAAAAAAAAACUAAUAGAGACAGAGCUAGACUGCCACUUGAGCAAAGCUCGAGUAGAGAGGACGGCUAACUGCAUGAGCCAGAAGGCAUGUCAGAACGCGAUCCUAUACAGCGUCCGAUGUUUCUAAAUCUAAGAGUUCCGUUGACGAAAUCAUAAUAAAUUUCAGUCAUGUUCCACUGCCUCAGU